AUGGCCCUCGAAAAUGACACAGUAGCCGGUGCGACAAUUGAAUUGCUCGAGUCUCGCCUCCGGCGACUUACCUAUCUUCUCACAGGAGAUGCAAACUGGACCGGCGUUCCCACCGCACCCGCAAAACCAGCUUCAUUAGAUGAAAGCGUCUCGCGCCGUCUUCUUCAGUUAGAACAAGAACUCGAGAAUCUAAGUCGAAAUAUCCCCGCAGUGCGGGAUGUGCUUCUCCUUCAUGACCGCUUCCCUGACCUCUUUCGCCCAACACCAUCUCAAACCCUCCCAGAAAACCUGACUACCCAGAACCUCGCCUCAAUUGUCUUAGCGUAUGCCUCCGCUUUUCCAGAGACCGCUUCCCGACUUACAUCCUUAAAUGACCUGCCGAUUCCGGAUGCGCAGACAUCGGCCUCCCUCAUCCAGCUUCAGCCGCGAUUGGACCAAUUAGCGCAUGUACAAGAGGAACAGGCAAAGCAGGUCUCGGAGCUACGAGUACGAACAGCGCGGGCUUUACAGCGGUGGUACGAGAUUGCAUUGGUUGGCGGUGGUGAAUGCUGGGCGGAAUGGGAAGGGCGCCUGGAGGACGUGGAGCGGGAAGUAAAGAGGAAGGAAGUAGUGAGGGAACGAAGGGCGAAGGAAUUAUGA